AUGAAUCUUUCUCUUUUUCUUUCUUUCUUUCUUUCUUUCUUUCUUUUUGUCUUUUACCUUUCUUGCUUUCACUUAUUGUAUAUCUUUCUUUUGUCUCUCCUAGUUUUUUUUAUUGUUUUUUCCUUUUCGGCCUUUUCUUCCCUUCAUUUCUUUUUACUUUCUUUUAUGCCUUUCCUGACUUAUUCUUUCUUUCUUUCUUUCUUUCUUUCUUUCUUUAAUUCUUUCUUUCUUUCUUUCUUUCUUUCUUUGCCUAUCCUAAAUUUUUUACUCUUCUUUCUUUGUCUAUCGUUACUUUUUGCUUUCUUUUGUUGUAUAUCUUUCUUUCUUUUGUCUUUCCUUACAUUUUUAUUGUUUUUCAUUUUCGUUUUUUUUCUUCCCUUCAUUUCUUUUUACUUUCUUUUAUACCUUUCUUUCUUUCUUUCUUUUUUCUUUCUUUCUUUCCGUCUUUCUUUCUUUCUUUCUUUCUUUCUUUCUUUCUUACUUCCCUCCUCUCUUUCUUUCUUUUUUCUUUCGUUAUUUUCCGUCUUUCUUUCUUUCUUUAUUUCUUUCUUUCUUUCUUUCUUUCUCAGUUUAAUAUUUCUUUCUUUCUUCUUUUUCCUUAUUACCGUUUCGUUCUUUGUUUCUCUCUUUCUUUUUUCUUUCUUUCUGAGUUUAGCAUUGCUUUGUUUUCAUUUUCCCUUUUUACAUUUUUAUUUCGUUCUUUCUCUCUAUCCUUCUUUCUUUUCUUUCUUUCUUUCUUUCUUUCUUUCUUAUUUCAACAUUUUUAAUUCUUUUUUCUUUCUUUCUUUUUUCUUUCUUUCUUUAACAUCGCUUUCAUUUCCUUUUCCUGUUUUACAUUUUUUUUCUUCUGUUCCUUUCUUUCUUUUCAACCAAUCAUUUUUAUUCUUUCAUUACUUCUCACUAGUCGUUUCCUUUGUUUUCUCUUUUCCUCUUAUUACAAGUCUUUCUUUAUUUUUCAUUCUUUUUACUGCAUUCUUUCUUUUUAAUCAUUACUUAUUUAUGAUUUAUUUAUUUAUUAUCACUCAUCCCUCUUUAUUCUUUCUUCCGUUACAACACUUUCACAAUCACUAUAUUAUCUAUCUAUCUAUCUAUCUAUCUAUCUAUCUAUCUAUCUCUUUUUCUUCAUAUCUAUCUAUCUAUUAA